AUGCAGGAGAACUAUGAGAUGGUGACCUCGCUGGGAUUUCCCAUUCCCAAACCUGAGCUGAUCGCCCGGCUGGAACGAGGGGAGGAGCCAUGGGUGCCCGAUCUCCAGGCCUGCAAAGAAAGAAGGCUUCCGAGAUGCACCCGCACAGCAGGUGCUGAGCGAGGGAGUGAGAAGCAGGAGGGGAAUCAUCAUGAGGAAGUUCCUGGGGAAGUGGAACCACAGGGGACAUUUGUGAGAAGAGCUGAAGGGAAUUUUUCCCAGUGCGUGGAACAGGGAGAAGCCUGGGGAAAUUGGCACAGGUCAGAGAAGCUGCUGGAAAGCCACCCAGGGAAGAAAGAGGAUGAAUCUAUUAACUGUGGGGGAGGAGACAAGGAUCCCAUCGCGCAGCAGACAAAUCACAAGAAGGAGACACCAUGGCACUGCCUACAGUGUGGUAAAGGAUUCAUUGUGAGAUCACAGCUUGUGACACAUCAGACAAUCCACACUGGAGAGAAACCCCUUCAGUGCUUGGACCGUGGGGAAAGCUUCAGUAACCGCUCAGAUCUUAAUAACCAUGGGAGAAGCCACACUGGAGAGAAGCCCAUUUGCCUCGAGUACGGGAAAUGUUCCAGUUCUAAGUCAGCACUAAUUUCACAUCAAGAAAGCCACACAGGAGAGAGACCCCAUAAGUGCUUGGACUGUGGCAAAAGUUUCACACGCAAAUCAGAUCUUGCUAAUCAUCAGGCAAUCCACACAGGAGGGAGACCCCAUAAGUGCUUGGACUGUGGGAAAAGUUUCAAUCGGAGGUCAGACCUUGUUAAACAUCGGGUAAUCCACACAGGAGAGAGACCCCAUAAGUGCUUGGACUGUGGGAAAAGUUUCAAGCAGAGGUCACAUGUUCUUAGACAUCAAGCAAUCCACACAGGAGAGAGACCUCACAAGUGCUUGGACUGUGGGACAAGUUUCAAGCAGAGGUCUCACCUUCUUAGACAUCAAGCAAUCCAUACAGGAGAGAGCCCUCAUAAGUGCUUGGAUUGUGGGAAAAGUUUCAAGCGGAGAUCAGACCUUGUUAAUCAUCAGGCAAUCCACACAGGAGAGAGACCCCAUAAGUGUUUGGACUGUGGGAAAAGUUUCAAGCGGAGAUCAGACCUUGUUAAUCACCAGGCAAUCCACACCGGAGAGAGACCCCAUAAGUGCUUGGACUGUGGGAAAAGUUUCACAGGGAGGUCAAAACUUGUUAAACAUCAGGCAAUCCAUACAGGAGAGAGACCCCAUAACUGCUUUGACUGUGGAAAAAAAUUUAUAACGAGAUCAGCGCUUAUUAAACAUCUGGCAAUUCACACAGGACAGAGACCCCAUAAGUGCUUGGACUGUGGGAAAAGUUUCACAUGGAGAUCAUCUCUUGCUACACAUCAGGCAAUGCACACAGGAGAGAGACCCCACAAGUGCUUGGAAUGUGGGGAAAGUUUCAUAUGGAGGUCAAACCUUGUUAAACAUCAGGCAAUCCACAAAGGAGAGAGACCCCAUAACUGCUUGGAUUGUGGGAAAAGAUUCAGACAGAGAUCAGACCUUGUUAAUCAUCAGGCAAUCCAUACAGGAGAGAACCCCUGUAAGUGCUUGGACUGUGGAAAAAGUUUCAAGCGCAGGUCAGACCUCGUUAAACAUCGGGUAAUCCACACAGGAGAGAGACCCCAUAACUGCUUGGAUUGUGGGAAAAGUUUCAAGCAGAAGUCACACCUUCUUAGACAUCAAGGAAUCCACACAGGAGAGAGACCUCACAAGUGCUUGGACUGUGGGACAGCUUUCAAGCAGAGGUCUCACCUUCUUAGACAUCAAGCAAUCCAUACAGGAGAGAGCCCUCAUAAGUGCCUGGACUGUGGGAAAAGUUUCAAACGGAGAUCAGACCUUGUUAAACAUGGGAGAAUCCACACAGGAUCUAAACUUCUCCCCUUCUGUAACCUCCCCCAUCGCCCCUCUCGCCCCGACAGGCUGAGGAAUCACGUCCACGUUUUGCUCCAGAUCGGCCCAUCUUCCAGGAGACAGGGAAGGGAAAUGGCUGUGAUGGAUCCAGCUCAGAUGCCGGUGACCUUCAAGGAGGUGGCUGUGUAUUUCACCCACGGGCAAGGGGCUAUGCUGGACCCCGGUCAGAGAGCCCUCUACAGGGACGUCAUGCAGGAGAACUACGAGACAGUGACCUCGCUGGGAUUUCCCAUUCCCAAACCUGAGCUGAUCUCCCGGCUGGAACGAGGGGAAGAGCCGUGGGUGCCCGAUCUCCAGGCCUGCGAGGAAAGAGAGAUCCCGAGAGGCGCCCGCACAGGUGCUGAGCGAGGGAGUGAGAAUGAGGAGGGGAAUCAUCAUGAGGAAGUUCCCGGUGAAGUGGAACAACAGGGGACAUUUGUGGGAAGAACUGAAGGGAAUUUUUCCCAGUGCGUGGAACAGGGAGAAGUCUGGGGAAAUUGGCACAUGUCAGAGAAGCUGCUGGAAAACCACCCAGGGAAGAAAGUGGAUGAAUCUAUUAACGGUGGGGGAGGAGACAAGGAUCCCAGAGUGAAGCAGACAAAUCCCAAGGAAGAGACACCCUUGCCCUGCCUCCAAUUUGGGAAAGGAUUAAUUCUAAGAUCACAACUUGUGACACCUCAGACAAUCCAUUCUGGAAAGAAAUGCUUUCAAUGCUUGGACUGUGGGGAAAGCUUCAAUAACUGCUCAGAUCUUAAUAACCAUGGGAGUAGCCACACUGGAGAGAAGCCCAUUCAAUGCCUCGAGUGCGGGAAAUGUUUCAGUUCUAAGUCAGCACUAAUUUCACAUCAGGCAAUCCACACAGGAGAGAGAUCCCAUAAGUGCUUAGACUGUGGGAAAAGUUUCACACGCAAGUCAGAUCUUACUAAUCAUCAGGCAAUCCACACCGGAGAGAGACCCCAUAACUGCUUCGACUGUGGGAAAACAUUUAUAAUGAGGUCAGUGCUUCUUAAACAUCUGGCAAUCCACACAGGACAGAGACCCCACAAGUGCUUGGAAUGUGGGAAAAGUUUCAUACGGAGAUCAAACCUUGUUAAUCAUCAGGCAAUCCACACAGCAGAGAGACCUCACAAGUGCUUGGGCUGUGGGAAAAGUUUCAGACACAGGUCAAACCUUCUUAAUCAUCAGGCAAUCCAUACAGGAGAGAGACCCCAUAUGUGCUUGGACUGUGGGAAAAGUUUUAUACGGAGGUCAGACCUUGUUAGACAUCAGGCAAUCCACACAGGAGAGAGACCCCAUAAGUGCUUGGACUGUGGGAAAAGUUUCAUACGGAGAUCAGACCUUGUUUCACAUCAGGCAAUCCACAAAGGAGAGAGACCCCAUAAGUGCUUCAACUGUGGGAAAAGUUUCACAUGGAGAUCAGCCCUGUUUAAACAUCAGAGAAUCCACACAGGAUCUAAACUUCUGUGACACGUGACAAGAAAGGGUUAAGCAGCUUGCAUGUAAUUGACUCAGAUCAGGCCUUGUUACACGUCAGGCAAGCCACACAGGAGAGAGACUUAAUAAAUGCUUGGCAUGUGGGAAAAGCUUCAGUUACAGCAGAAAACGUAAUAACCAUUGAAGAAUCCACACAGAAGAGAGACCCUAUAAAUUCCUGCACUGCGGGAAUGGUUUCCAUUGGAAGUCAGCCCUUAAUAACAAAAGGAGGAGUCUGGUGGCACCUUAAAGGCUAUCAGAUUUAUUUGAGCAUAAGCUUUCGUGGGUAAAAAA